UAUAAUUCGAGGAGCGAGCGAGAUGAGACAAUUGCAAUUGGUGUUCAUUUUGGCGCUCUGCAUCUGUCCGGCAAUAUGGGCGCAGCAGCUGGAUACAUUGCCUCCAGACUCUGGCCCGGAUGGACGGCAGCUGAAAUUGUGGCUUACGAUCAGCGCUCGGAAGCGUUUCGUGGAGAUCAGCUGGAAGAAUGCGCCGGCCCGGGAUGGCGAUCAAGUCUUGUUAACAAUACAGGAUCCGCACACAUUUGAGCUGCGAUCUGUGCCCACGGGCACGCCGCUGGCAGGAUUUACGAAAAGUAGAGACAGUGACAGCGCGAGCGAGAGUGAGGAGAGCAGCGGUUCAGGCGCAGACCAGGUGGCCUUUGUGCCAAUUCAUGGCUACACAACACCUGGAACGGUGGCCAAGGCAGACGUUGUUCCAAUGCGAGAGCAAUGGGUCUCUAAUGGUGGCAACAAUCAAAUUGUGGCCGCCAUCAAGCCCAGCCAAUCGGCCCAGUGGUUCACAACAGGCGUACCCUUUGAUUAUGCUCUGUCCCGGAAUGUGACCACGCAUAGCGACUGCUACGGCUAUUGGGCUAGCUACAUCGAUGACCAUGGACGCAUUCUCGCCAAGACCUGUAUUCGUGCUCAUCCACGCUGGAUGACAAACUGGCACAGUGGGCUGGGUGAUCUGCGUCUGCGCGAUCUCUUCAUACCAGGCACACACGACUCCGGAUCUUACAGACCCAAUUUCGAUCCACUGUUGCGCGAGAGUCUGGUCACCAAGUAUGCUCUAACCCAGGACGAUGAUAUACGGGGCCAGCUGUUGCAUGGAGCACGCUACCUGGACAUACGUGUCGGCUUCUAUCGUCCCAGCGAGGAGAAGUUCUUCAUCUAUCAUGGCAUCACUAAGCAACGACCACUCAAAGAGGUCAUUCAGCAGGUCAAGGACUUUGUCCAAGAAACCAAUGAGAUCGUUAUCUUUGGCCUCAAAGAGUUUCCCGUGGGUUUUGGCAAGAAUCUGGCCGUCCAUCAUCUGCUAGUUGCCUACUUGCGAGAGCAGUUUGGAGAUUUCAUCGUCCACCCAUCGCUCACCUGGCAUGCCACACUGCGCGACAUCUGGAAGCGUCAGCAGAAUGUAAUAUUGGCCUACGACAAAAGUGAGGUCGUGCAGCAGUAUCCGGAUCUGCUCUUUGGUGGCGUGGAUCAGCGAUGGGGCAAUGUGCAGUCGUGGCCGCGUCUCGAACGGCAUUUGCGCUACAUCAACGACUUCGAUGUGUCUCGCUUCUCGAGUCGUCCUGUGGUGGACAUGGCGGAGCUAACUCCAGAAACCUGGGACGUUAUACUAGAUAAGCAUGGUGGCUUACGCAAAAUGGCAGACAAUGUGAAUUGGCGCAUCUCGCAGCUAUACCGAGACGAGCUUGGAGAGCAUGCGAACAUUGUGGCUGCAGAUUUUAUACGUGGCACUACGCUCGUCGAGACGGCCUUGGAAAUGAACCGGAAAAAGAUGGGUCAUUAGCAAAUGAGCCGCUAAAGCGCACUCUAAAUAUUUAUA